AACACCGGUCAACUGUCAAACAACGCAGUCGCCAUCGCGAAAACACGCAUCUUUUCCAGAGUGGGGAAAAAGUAAAAGUUUGCUGUUGGAAUUACUGAAAAACACGUAUCGCGAAUCUCUAAAAUUCGUUUCUAAAGAAUCAUCAUGUCGGGAAGAAGGGUACCGGCAAACGAGGAUCUCUCGAACGUGGAGUUCGAGACGAGCGAGGAUGUGGAAGUGCUGCCGACGUUCAACUCAAUGGGGCUCCGGGAAGAGCUUCUGCGGGGUAUUUACGCGUACGGGUUCGAGAAACCAUCCGCCAUUCAGCAAAGAAGUAUUCAGCCGAUCGUAAAGGGUCGUGAUGUUAUUGCUCAGGCACAGUCCGGUACGGGUAAGACGGCAACCUUUUCGAUUUCCAUUCUGCAAUCGAUGGACACGACGCUGCGAGAAACACAGGUCCUCUGCCUGUCCCCGACACGCGAGUUGGCCGUUCAGAUUCAAAAAGUUAUUCUGGCAUUGGGAGAUUUCAUGAACGUACAGUGUCAUGCCUGUAUUGGAGGUACAAAUUUGGGCGAAGACAUCAGAAAGCUCGACUAUGGGCAGCACGUCGUCAGCGGUACUCCGGGUCGUGUAUUCGACAUGAUCAAACGGCGCGUCCUACGAACUCGUUCCAUUAAGAUGCUGGUGCUAGACGAAGCCGACGAGAUGCUCAACAAAGGCUUCAAGGAACAGAUUUACGAUGUCUACCGGUAUCUGCCGCCUGCCACGCAGGUGGUGCUCAUCUCCGCCACCCUACCGCAUGAAAUUCUCGAAAUGACCUCCAAAUUCAUGACCGAUCCGAUCCGCAUCCUGGUCAAGCGUGAUGAACUGACGCUGGAAGGCAUCAAGCAGUUCUUCGUAGCUGUAGAACGCGAGGAGUGGAAGUUCGAUACCCUUUGCGACCUGUACGAUACGCUGACUAUCACCCAGGCGGUCAUUUUCUGCAACACUAAGCGCAAGGUGGACUGGUUGACGGAGAAAAUGCGUGAAGCAAACUUUACCGUCAGCUCAAUGCACGGCGAUAUGCCGCAGAAGGAACGUGACGAGAUUAUGAAGGAGUUUCGCUCCGGCCAAAGCCGUGUGCUGAUUACGACCGAUGUUUGGGCGCGCGGUAUCGAUGUGCAGCAGGUGUCGCUGGUAAUUAACUACGACCUGCCGAACAACCGUGAGCUGUACAUUCAUCGCAUCGGCCGUUCGGGUCGUUUCGGCCGAAAGGGUGUGGCCAUCAAUUUUGUCAAAUCCGACGAUAUCAGAAUUCUCCGCGACAUUGAACAGUACUACUCGACGCAGAUCGAUGAAAUGCCCAUGAACGUAGCUGAUCUUAUUUAAGCAUAUUUGCGAAAAGCAAACAGAUACCCAUUUAGUGCUAUUCGUUCGCACUAUCGUCACCGGCACUUAGUAAACUUUAAGCAUGUAAUCAUACAUUCUCUAUGUACGAAACUUUACUAAACGACUUGAAAUAAACGAAAAAACAUCCAAU